GGUUGACUAUACGUUUAACAAUACGUACAUUUUACUCGAUAUUGUUUACUCUCGCACGAGAGAGAGAAUUGUAUCGAAUUGUGGGCAGCAUUGGACAGUAUCGUGCAUUUGCGUUUUAAUUAAAUGUUAAACAAUGUAUAAUUAAUUUCCUUUUAUAAACAAUUCUGAAUAAAAAUUCGCAAUGAAUAACUUGAAACAAAUUUUGUAUAGCAGGCAUUCGUGGAGUCAGGUGAAGAGAUUGCAGUCUUCGUCAUCAUCGGAUUCUUGUAUUAAAAUACCACGUAGGAUAGAAAGAGGACCUACAGACAUUUUAUACGCUCUCGGUCAAACAGUACCUAAAGAUGUACUGAGCACAUCUGUAAAAUAUUACGAUGAUCCUUUCUUAAUUCCAACAAAGAAAGCAGAUUAUCGUAUAUAUGCUUUAGCGCGUGAAUCUGGCAAAAAAACAGCAACGUGGAUUUUUAAACAACACGCAGAUCUAUUUCCAAAUAAUCUUUCGGAUCCAAAGAUCGAGGCAUUUAUGCCCCCAGUAAAAUAUACAGAUAAAAGUCAAGUAUCGGAAGAAUUACUUCUGGAUACUAUAUCGCGAUGCAAUGCAUCAAAGUCUCUUGAAAUCUAUAACCUAUUGGAAGAUAAUGUUUCUAAUGAAACGAAACAAGCGCUGUUAGAAUUGUUUUGUUACUACAAUGACACUACAUAUGAGAAUGAGUUUUUUCCGGACGAACGGUUCUUCAUGAAAAAGGAUUAUAGAAAAUCUUGGACGCACGAUCCGGAGAUUGAAAAGUUAUAUCAGUUUUUAAUAACGCAAGAUUCCGCAACAGCAGCUUUGGCCUAUAAUACUAUGUUAUGUGCCUAUGGAAAAUGGAAACAGGCAGGUGAAGUUUGGUCAUUGUAUAAUAAAUGUUUAAAAGAAGAUAUCCCGUUAAGCAUCACUUCUUUUAAUUACAUACUGGCAUCAAUAACGCAGCGUAUUGCUGGAAGUGCAAUAAAUCAUAAAACAGUAAUAUAUAGUAUUUUUGCAGCAAUGACUGCAAGAGGAGUGUAUCCAAAUGUUAUAACAUUGAAUAACACCCUUAAAUCGGUAUGUUCGAUGGUGUCGGCUUCUUUAGCCAGAAGUGUUCUAAAUCAUUUACUUAAAGAAUUUAGGAGGCUGAAUAUAAAAUUUUCAUUAGGCACAUAUUGUUAUAUUCUUCAAAUAAUUUGUCGCGGAGGUGAUGAAUCAUACAACAGUUUUAUGGACACCCUACGAACGAUGUCAAAAGAACGUUUUACUCUAGAACACCUAUCGGACACCAACUGUUUCGCCAAGGUCAUGGAAAUAAUUUCUAUCCGUUAUGUCGAUAGAGCAGCUGGUGAUUUGUUGCACAAGAUAGUUCUUACCGAUGAUAAUUACAAAUUUAUGAUGAAUGCAAUUUACAUGAAUAAUUAUUAUUCUAGAUAUGUAACGUUAAUAUUAUCGACAAGCACGAUUUCCGAAUUUUACGAAUGUUAUCGAAAUAUCGUUCCGAUGAUGUACAUCCCGGACAACGACGUUAUGACAAAAAUUAUCGUCUCUUUAAAAUCGUAUUCACCAGAAGUUGUGAUGGAAUAUUUACUAAAGUUUUGGCUAGAUAUAAAGAAACACGAAUUGACGAUUAACAUUAAUUUGAUUUCUACUGUAAUAGAUUUGAUACACACUGUUAUUUUACCGACUAACCCACCUUUGACAGAAUUAUUUGUGGAGGUAGCAUUGAGUUGUUUUAACAGUAUAAAGAACGAAAUGGAAAAAGGCAAUAAUUCGUUUGGUACUGCCGUGAUGGGCCAGAUAGCACUACUUUUAUUAUACAAUGAUCGUAUGGCCGAAGCAUCGCAAGUUUUAACUAUGAUCACCAAAAGUUUCGCGUUAUUUUUACCAACAAUGGAAGAAACGCAAUUGAAUACAUUAUUUGAGACUUGCGUUUCGAAGGGAUAUAUGACACAAGCUCUUCUUGUUCUUGAAAUCUGUAUAAUUGCGGAAUUCGAACACGCCGCUGAGUUGGCUAAGACAUUGUAUAGUAAUCCAAAGUUGAACGAUGUACACCGCGAUAAAUUAAUAGAGUUAGUGGGGAAAGCAGCGUUAGAUACAUUAGAUAAAUAGUAAUCGGUUUAUUUAUAAUUUAUUAUAAUAAAGAGCUAUUUGCAAUAUUAUAUAAUCGUGUAUUCCUUCGGCUUUUUCGUAAUUUUUCUAACUACCUGACGAAUCGUCGCGUUAAUCUAUUAAAAAUG